AUGGACCAGAGCACGCGGGAUGCGGAGGACGCCGCGGAAGCCGGGCAUGCCUCAAGUACUGUGUGUCCGGCGGAUGCUGCGCUUCCCGCCGUUGCUGCGCUCCCAUCGGAUGCUGCGCUCCUCGCAGGUACCGUGCGACCAGAGAAUGCUGAGCACCCUAAGGAUGCUGUGAGUCUCAGGGUUAACGUUCAGGACCCCGAGCUCGCGUGGCCGCCCGCCCCGCACUCGUGUUCCCGCUGCCAGCUGCUCUACUGGCUAGGCGCUUUGCUGUUUCUGCUCGGGGUCGUCUGUGGCCUGAUCGUCCUCUUCACCCGUAUCCUGACCCCGCCGGCGCUCACAAUCCCCACCUCGACCACCCAGGGGACCUUAGAGAAGACUUCAAACCUGACAGGCACCCCUGUUUCCCUAAUUGGCCACCCCAUCACUACACGGCAGGGGUCUUCCGUGUUUGCCAAACUACAGACUAAAAAUGAGGCAUUGCUGAGCAAUAGGACCCUGAGGUGGCACAGCCAACACGGAGCUGGGAGCACAUACCUGUCCCAGGGUCUGAGGUAUAAUGACGACAAAAACGAGCUGGUGGUGGACCAAGCUGGUCUCUACUAUGUGUCCUUGCAACUGAAGCUCAACCCAGUGUCCAAAAACAUGGACCACAAGGUGCAGGGCCAGGUCUCUCUUGUUCUGCAACUGAACCCUCGGGUAAAUGACCUUGACAGCUGGACCUCGACUGUGGACCUGUUCCCUUGCUCCAUGGAGGCCAACUUAGUCGAAGGUUCCCGGAGUGACCUGAUACACCUGAAGGCUGGCCACCGUCUCAGCGUGGAGCUGAGGGCCUAUCUGCAUGGAGUCCAGGGGCCGUACCAUGACUGGCAGCUCUCUCAGACGGACACCACCAGCUUUGUGCUCUUCCUUGUGAAGCCUGGCACCUCUUGA